AUGGCAUUUAAUUUCGACAAUGAAAGAUUGGAAAAGAAAAAGACAAUAUUAUAUGCAUCAUUAAUUAUAUUUUAUGCUGUCUCUAUUACAUUAUUUAUGAUUUCCGAGUUGUUAAAGGAGUCUAAAUCAUGUGGAAAUACUUCAUUGUUUCACUCAUUGUUGAGAGCUGAUGGAAUUAUAGAUUGUAUAUUCUUGGGUGUAUUUUUAAUGGUUAUUAUAUUCCAUGCUUGUUCAACUCCAAAACCAACUUCAAGCGAAAAGCAUCAAAAGGAUGCCGAGAGUGCUGCUGAGUUAGAAAAGACUGACUAUUCAUCAAAAGACAAUCCUUUCAACUACCCUGAAACAACAAACACACCAUCUCCAAAUAAUAAACCGAUUCCACCAACUGCUUAA